GGAAUAUUUGGGGCGCCACUAUAUCCCUACUGUUCAGCUGUUACGAAUCUGAAGACUUCUGUUAUCAACCUCUGGUAUACCUUAAUGAAAGGGGUGCGAGAUUUGGGAUUUCUCGUGCAAAACCAGACGUAGCAGAUAUCCUCGAUUAAAGCGGUCGCUGGGGUAUUCCUGGAUGAGCACAGCAAAUUCCUGCUUAUAUACUAACCUGCUAGUGUAGCAAUUCUUCUCUCUUUUUCUUUUUCCAUCACGAUAUCUACUACUGUCAACGUCAUGACACAACAAGCUAUGCUCAACGAGCAGAGGGUGUUGUUGAGGUUCCAAGAAAGAUCGCCUCUUGGAGAAGAACAUCAAAAUUGCGAGUGUACGAGAUCGGGUAGUGGCAGCCUUCAGAAUUGCCCCAUAACAAGCAAACGUUGGCUUGUUCUCCAUAUACUCGCGGCUGGUCUUUGCCUUUUUGGCUGUCUCUUUUUUCUCUCCUCUGAGAAGAACGCGCCCUCUUUUCGAGGAUGGGAGGGACCUGAAGUGACUUACACACCUGCUCGCUCAGCUUCCUUCUACAAGCAAGAUGAAUUCAGCGAUGAGCCAGAUCCACGAUACCACCGAUCACCACCGAACCCAGCCAUCGACGCGGCUUGGGCAGACCUUUAUUUUUUUGGCGUCUUGGCUCAAUCCCAGGAAGCAGCAAAACAAUCACUAAUCAAUCGCACCCGUGAGCUGCGUCAAAAUAGAGAGGAAGCUAAUGAAGCAACACGUCCAUACUAUUUGACCCUCCACAUCUUCCAUCAACUACAUUGCUUAAACAAUUUACGUAUGUUAGCUUGGCCUGAGUACUACGGAAGCUUAGAUGAUAUGGACGGGGAGGAGAGAUGGGAGAUUCAGCAACACCUUGCACAUUGCAUCGAUAUACUUAGACAGGCCCUGCUCUGUACCUCGGAUAUUAGUACGAACUUUUGGUUUUUAAGCGAUGUGAAUGGACCCGAGCCGAAAGUUGUGACCAAUGGCACGUCGAUUCGCACCUGUCGUGACUUUGAGAGCAUCAAGGCGUGGGCUAUGGGAAACUUGACGGGCGUGGCCAUGGCAUAAGCCGCUUGCUUGUUGGUGGGAAUGGUGUCGAGGACUGAUCGUUGGUAGCCAAUCAUUUGUCAGC